GGAGGCGGAGGCGGGGAGGCGCGGAGGAGCGCGGGGCCGCCGCUCGGCCGCCCGGAGAUUUGUAAGACUCCAGGGCCUCCAAGCUGUGAUUAAUCGGAUGGUUCCUGAAGUGACGGGGAGAACAGACGCGUUGUGCGCACCUGUGGAGUGUAUGUCUCUGUGCAUUUAAACCUUCUUCCUAUACACACGCCUUGUACACAAGGAGACAGGCUCAUUCUUGUGGCCACUUGAAGAGUUUCACAACUGAUGAAAAUUAAUUUAAGAAUCAGAUGGAGCAACUUGACACCACUGGGCUCAGGAGCCCAGGGAGAAAAAUACAUCACUAAUGGCCAGUUUUCCAUGUGGUCUUCACGGGUAAAGAAAGUUUGCAAAAAGAAAAAAAAAAAAUUUGCACAGAUCAAGCCUCAAAAAUACCUCUCCAGUUGAAAGAAGGAGCUAAGUGAGAAGGUGACUGAGGAGAAGUUGAUUUCAGGCACUGCAGGUGGGACCAUGAAGUGUUUUUUGCACUUUUUUUCCAGUGGUUUUGGUGAAUUGGACAGACUUUAAAAUUCUGGACUGAGAGUAACUCUUACUGUGGGUUAUGACUGGGGGAAAGCGAGUUGGGAUGUGAUGGGACAGGUUUGAACAUGAACCAAUUCUUUUGCCACUUUCCGUUAACUGUAUUCGAGAAAUUUUGGUUUAUUGUUUCCUUUUUCCUUUCCUGUAUCUGUAGGAUAACAUCCUAAGGUAGUGAUUGAAACCGCUAAUUACAAGGUGAAUAUUGAGGAACAUCCAAGCAAAGCUUCUUUUCCUUGGGCUCUCCGUGUGGUGUUGGGAGACAGUCUCUGAAGGGAAACAGUGGGGAGGACCCUGAUUCUCACCUGUGUUUUCGUUUCAAGGGAUUCUCUUUCUUGUUGAGUCCAAGAAGACCUGCAUUGCAUGUAAGAGGAGGAUUACUUAAUGGACUUAAUUCUGAGAUUAGUUUUUUUCCUUCAAGAUGGAAAAAUAUGUGAUGUUUAGGAGCAGAAAGGGGAGAAGUGACUAGGGGAGGGAGGAAGGAGACAGGGACAAAGGAGACGAGAUCCUGCAGGCAGGCGCCGUUUUGUCAGCAGGAGGAUUUAGGAUUCACCCAAGGCAACAACGCGUGGGCCACUUUAAGAGCUUUAGAACAUUCUGACUCUGCCCAUUGGAGAGGCUUUCUCUCUAUGCCCCUAUGGCACUGAGGGGUGCAUGGGCCUGCGGAGGGGCCGUCAGAUGGUGCCCAGCUCUCCCUGGGGACAUAGUGGCCUGCCGGGAAACUGGACCGAGCUCUGAGGGGGGAAGUUUCUGGCUCUGAACAGUGAAGAAAGAGUCUUUUUUUCUUCCUAAACUUGGACUGCUGUCUGCACAAACUCUGGUCUGUUUUGCACAGUUUGUGUGCCUUUUUUUCCCUUUAUGCAAUCUUUUUCAGCUUUAGCAGCAGAAAUUUGUCUAGUUGAGAAAACAUGCCAGAGGGUGGCCUCAGAAGGAAGAUGAUCCCGUGUGUUCUGUCUCUGCGUCUGAACUUUUGAAGAGAAAAUUCCAGCUCGAGGGAUUCUUAAAGCCUUAAGUUACUUGAAAUCUAUGUAUUUGCAACCCUUUGUCUCUAGAAUCAUAUUACACUAAACUGGAAUCUCAGGCUGAAUGAGAAUAACCAAGUUGAGUAAAAAGAAGAAAACUCAGUUUCUUGAUACCACGUGUUAACAAUGCUCUUUCUCCAAAGGGUCAGCCCACUCUUCCUCUAAGCCCCUUGAAAAUAAAAAUGGACCCCACGUUUUCUUUAAGCAUUACCUUUUCUUAGCAGACUGCCAUCAUCUUUUAUAGAGAAAUUUUUUCACUAUGCAUUUGGUGGAUCUUUAUAAAAUACUGAGCGUCUGAUUAGGUAGGUGCAGGUCAGUCUUUGUUAAAGGGGGUUGAGGGAGACAACGCAAGCCAGCCACAGAAAUAAAAUAAAUCAGUCCAUGAAAGGAAUUGGUUUAAAUUUUCCGGCAUUCAGGAUUACUUUUUAAGUCAAGCAGUUCAUCCAGAAAAAGUAUGUAUGCAGCGGUGGAGCAUGGGCCUGUCCUUUGCAGCGACUCCAACAUCCUCUGCCUGUCCUGGAAGGGGCGCGUCCCCAAGAGCGAGAAGGAGAAGCCGGUGUGCAGGAGGCGCUACUACGAGGAGGGCUGGCUGGCCACGGGCAAUGGCCGGGGCGUCGUCGGGGUGACUUUCACCUCGAGCCACUGCCGCCGGGACAGGAGCACCCCCCAGAGAAUCAACUUCAACCUGCGGGGCCACAACAGCGAGGUUGUGCUGGUGAGGUGGAAUGAGCCAUACCAGAAGCUGGCCACGUGUGACGCAGAUGGAGGGAUAUUUGUGUGGAUUCAGUACGAAGGGAGGUGGUCUGUGGAGCUGGUCAACGACCGAGGGGCUCAGGUGAGUGACUUCACGUGGAGCCACGAUGGAACUCAAGCACUUAUUUCAUAUCGAGAUGGGUUUGUCCUGGUUGGUUCUGUCAGUGGACAAAGACAUUGGUCAUCUGAGAUCAACUUGGAAAGUCAGAUCACAUGUGGCAUAUGGACGCCUGAUGACCAGCAGGUGCUGUUCGGCACGGCUGACGGGCAGGUGAUCGUCAUGGACUGUCAUGGCAGGAUGCUGGCCCACGUCCUGCUGCACGAGUCAGAUGGCAUCCUCAGCAUGUCCUGGAACUACCCUGCCUUCCUGGUGGAGGACAGCAGCGAGAGCGACACUGACUCAGAUGACUACUCCCCACCCCAAGAUGGUCCAGCAGCGUAUCCCAUCCCCAUGCAGAACAUCAAGCCCCUGCUCACUGUCAGCUUCACCUCGGGAGACAUCAGCUUAAUGAACAGCUACGACGACUUGUCUCCUACUGUCAUCCGCUCAGGGCUGAAAGAGGUGGUGGCCCAGUGGUGCACACAGGGAGACCUCCUGGCAGUCGCUGGUAUGGAACGGCAAACCCAGCUUGGUGACCUUCCCAACGGCCCUCUUCUGAAGAGUGCCAUGGUCAAGUUCUACAAUGUUCGCGGGGAACACAUCUUCACACUGGACACGCUUGUGCAACGCCCCAUCAUCUCCAUCUGCUGGGGACACCGGGACUCGCGGCUGCUGAUGGCAUCAGGACCAGCCCUGUACGUGGUCCGUGUGGAGCACCGCGUGUCCAGCUUGCAGCUGCUGUGCCAGCAGGCCAUCGCCAGCGCCCUGCGAGAGGACAAGGAUGUCAGCAAGCUGACCCUGCCCCCCCGCCUCUGCUCCUACCUCUCCACUGCCUUCAUCCCCACCAUCAAGCCCCCGAUUCCGGACCCCAACAACAUGCGCGACUUUGUCAGCUACCCCUCGGCCGGCAACGAGCGUCUGCACUGCACCAUGAAGCGCACAGAGGACGACCCGGAGGUGGGCGGCCCGUGCUACACGCUCUACCUGGAGUACCUGGGCGGGCUCGUGCCCGUCCUCAAGGGGCGGCGCGUCAGCAAGCUGCGGCCGGAGUUCGUCAUCAUGGACCCGCGGUCAGACAGCAAAGCAGAUGAAAUCUAUGGAAACAGCUUGAUUUCUACCAUGAUCGACAGCUGCAACUGCUCAGACUCCAGUGACAUCGAACUGAGUGACGACUGGGCUGCCAAGAAAUCUCCCAAAAUCUCCCGAGCUAGCAAAUCACCCAAACUCCCAAGGAUCAACAUUGAGGCUCGGAAGUCCCCCAAGCUGUCCCGGGCGGCGCAGGAGAUCUCCAGGUCUCCACGGUUGCCGAUGCGCAAGCCCUCUAUUGGCUCGCCCAGCCUGACGCGAAGAGAGUUUCCCUUUGAAGACAUCACUCAGCACAACUAUCUUGCUCAGGUCACGUCUAAUAUCUGGGGAACCAAAUUUAAGAUUGUGGGCUUGGCUGCUUUCCUGCCAACCAACCUCGGUGCAGUAAUCUAUAAAACCAGCCUCCUGCAUCUCCAGCCGCGGCAGAUGACCAUCUAUCUCCCAGAGGUCCGGAAGAUUUCCAUGGAGUAUGUUAAUUUACCUGUCUUCAACCCGAAUGUUUUCAGUGAAGAUGAGGAUGAUUUACCAGUGACGGGAGCAUCUGGCGUGCCUGAGAACAACCCACCGUGUACCGUGAACAUCCCCAUCGCGCCCAUCCACAGCUCAGCUCAAGCUAUGUCCCCCACGCAGAGCAUAGGACUGGUGCAGUCCCUGCUGGCCAAUCAGAACGUGCAGCUGGACGUCCUGACCAACCAGACCACGGCCGUGGGGGCAGCUGAGCAUGCAAGUGACAGUGCCAACCCAUACGCAAUCUCCAGCCGCUACUCAAACCCCGGACAGGUGAUCUUCGGAGGUGUGGAGAUGGGCCGCAUCAUUCCGAACCCCCCUCAGCUGUCCCUGCCGCCGCCAGCACAGGGGGCCAUCCAGCUGUCGGUGGUGGACCACGGAGACCAAGACCACGAGCACCUGCAGAAGCCAGCCAAGGCCCUGCGGCCGGUGCCGCAGCUGGCUGCCGAGGGGGAUGCCGUGGUGUUCAGUGCCCUCCAGGAGGUCCAGGUGGCGAAGAUGAACCCCCCACCGCCCUACCCAGGAACCAUCCCCGCCGCCCCCACCACGGCAGCGCCGCCGCCCCCGCUGCCGCCCCCACAGCCCCCAGUGGACGUGUGCUUGAAGAAGGGUGACUUCUCGCUGUACCCCACGGCGGCGCACUAUCAGACGCCCCUGGGCUACGAGAGGAUCACCACCUUCGACAGCAGCGGCAACGUGGAGGAGGUGUGCCGGCCCCGGACGCGGAUGCUCUGCGCCCAGAACACCUACACCCUCCCCGGCCCAGGCAGCUCGGCCACCCUGAGGCUCACGGCCACCGAGAAGAAGGUCCCCCAGCCCUGCACCAGCGCGACCCUGAACCGCCUGACGGUGCCGCGCUACUCCAUCCCACCGGGGGACCCGCCCCCGUAUCCCGACCUCGCCGGGACGCUGGGCCCGGCCCGGGCCGCGGCGCAGAGGCCGGACAGCAGCCUCAUCCACGCCACGCUGCGCAGGAACAACCGCGAGGCGGCGCUGCGGGCGGCGCAGCUGGCCGAGCCCCCGCGCGCCCCGCCGCAGCCGCCGGCCAAGCCCAAGGGCGCGGCGCCUUUCCCCGCGCGGCCGCCGCCCGCCCUCUACACUUGCAGCCAGUGCAGCGGGGGGCGCGGCGGCGCGCCGAGCAGGGCGCGGGGGGCGGGGGCGCAUGCGGCCGGCACGUCCCCGCUGUCCUCGCAGUCCUCCUACAGCCUCCUGAGCCCGCCCGACGGCGCCCGCGAGCGCGCCGACUAUGUCAACUCGGCCUUCACCGAGGACGAGGCGCUGGGCCAGCACUGUCCGGUCGAGAAGCCCCUGCGGCACCCCGCGCUGCCCGAGGCUGCGGUGGCCGGGAAGCGGCCGCCCCCUUACCAGUGGGACCCCGUGCUGGGGGAGGACAUCUGGGUUCCCCAGGACAGGACAGCACAGACUGCAGUGCCCAACCCCCUGAAACUGUCCCCUCUGAUGGCAGGUCAGAGCCAGCACCUGGACGUGUCCCGAGUGCCCUUCGUCUCCCCCAAGUCGCCCGCCAGCCCGACUGCCACUUUCCAGACGGGCUAUGGGAUGGGAGUGCCCUACCCAGGAAGCUAUAACACACCCCCUUUGCCGGGAGUGCAGGCUCCCUGCUCCCCGAAAGACGCCCUGUCCCCGACACAGUUUGCACAACAGGAGCCCGCAGUGGUCCUGCAGCCCGCCUACCCGUCCCCCCUCUCCUACUGCCCCCUGCCCCCCAUGUAUCCAGGAAGCAGCACGUGCUCGAGUUUACAGCCGCCACCUAUCGCCUUGCACCCCUGGAGUUCCUACAGCGCGUGCCCGCCUGUGCAGAACCCCCAGGGCACGCUCCCCCCCAAGGCACACUUGGUGGUGGAGAAGCCCCUUGUGUCCCCACCGCCUGCCGACCUCCAGAGCCACCUGGGCACAGAGGUGAUGGUAGAGACCGCUGACAACUUCCAGGAAGUCCUCUCCCUGACGGAAAGCCCAGUCCCCCAGCGGACGGAGAAAUUCGGGAAGAAGAACCGGAAGCGCCUGGACAGCCGAGCCGAGGAGGGGAACGUUCAGGCCAUCACAGAGGGCAAGAUGAAGAAGGAGGCUCGGACUCUGAGCGACUUUAAUUCCCUGAUCUCCAGCCCCCGCCUGGGGAGGGAGAAGAAGAAAGUGAAGAGUCAGAAAGACCAGCUGAAGUCGAAGAAGUUGAACAAGACGAACGAGUUCCAGGACAGCUCGGAGAGCGAGCCCGAGCUGUUCGUCAGCGGGGACGAGCUGAUGAACCAGAGCCAGGGCGGCAGGAAGGGCUGGAAGGGCAAGCGCAGCCUGCGCGCGGCCGGCGAGCCGGAGGAGGCCAAGUGCCGCAGGGCCAGCGAGCGGGAGGACGGCCGGCUGGGCAGCCAGGGCUUCGUGUACGUCAUGGCCAACAAGCAGCCGCUGUGGAACGAGGCCACGCAGGUGUACCAGCUGGACUUCGGGGGGCGGGUGACCCAGGAGUCGGCCAAGAACUUCCAGAUCGAGCUGGAGGGGCGGCAGGUGAUGCAGUUUGGAAGGAUCGACGGCAAUGCGUACAUCCUGGACUUCCAGUACCCCUUCUCCGCUGUGCAGGCCUUCGCCGUCGCCCUGGCCAACGUGACUCAGCGCCUGAAAUGAAGAGACUGCUGUGUGGAGGAGGAGAGAUAGAGGAGCCUUUUCAGAGGGGCCUGAUGGGAGAUGCUCGAGGAGCCCGCCCGGGCCCCAGGGUCUGGGGACCAGAAGACAGGAGCAGAACUGGAAACGUCUGUCAGGCCCGGGGCAGGCACUGACCUUCAGUUGCUGUCGUUUGUUUGGGCUUUUAUUCUCCUUUAUUGUCUUUCUUUCUUCUUUCUUUUUAAACAAAAACAAAACACAGGAGAGAGGUAUUUGGAAGCAAAGGGUGCGAGGCACCUGGUGUUCUUUCAGGAAACGUGGUUGCUGUGGUAAUGUCCUCCUGGUGUGCCUGUGUGAGCUGCGGGACAAGGGGCCCUUCAGCAGAAACAUGGACUACCUUCUGGCCUGCUAUUCUUUUAGACUAAGGAGUAUGCGUGCUUUUCAUUCUCCACAAUGUCUAGCUUUUAUUACUCCUCCAACAUCACCACUAGUGUAAAAACAAAAAACUUUUUUAAAAGACACAACCAAAAAUCCUGAAGGUACAGGUUCUCUUGGGGGAACAACAUUUAGUUCACACAUAUUCUGUUACUCCCCCAGAGGUGACUUGAUUAAUGAAGGGUGUUUUGGCAAAUGCACUGUGUUUGACUAAUAAAAGUAGGCUUUGUAUGGGG